AAGUGUAUUGGAUUGGAUGGUGUGCAAAAAUUGGACAAAGACGGAGGGAGUAUUUCGUUCUUGGGGAUCAGCUGAGGAGCAGGCGACACCGCCACCCCACUACAGACUAGCGGCGCUGACCCGGCACUCCAGACCAAUGACCUCUCCACUCUAGAUCGACACUCAAAGCAUCCAUAGAGAUUCAAAUGUUUCUUGGAUGGACAUGGCUUCAACUACCCGUUAUUCGUUUUCUUGUGCAAGUUCAGUGUUUGCAUUGAACCAUUUUUAUGAGAGACUGCACUGUGUCCUAUUAUGGAAAACUGCCAUCCCGAACAAUCCAGUUUAUGUGGACUCCAAAGAAUACAACUUUUGCCCGGUAUUAGCUAUCGGCUGUGCGAAAAACGUGAGGGAGAUUGCAAGUGGGAGUGAAAAAAAUUCCAGAUUUCGAUGGGUUAAAAUAGGGCCUGAUAUUACAAAAGAACAGAAAGAAGCUAUAUCUCAGCUGCCACCGAAGAUGACAAAUAGAUGCAAGGCGCUAAUGAAACAACUUAUUUGUUAUUCGUCUGAAAAGGGAAGUGUGGCAUUUUUGUUGGGUGCAUGGGUGAAGAGUAUGAAGCCCAAGAGAGCUGAUUGGCUGGUAGUUUUCAAAGAAUUGGAUAGGCUGAAUAGUCCAUUGUAUUAUGAGGUGGCUGAACUUGCCCUUGUAGAGGAAUCAUUUGAAGCCAAUCUUCGCGACUAUACCAAAAUCAUUCACGGCUACGCAAAGCAAAAUCUUGUCCGGGAAGCUGAAAAUGUGCUUUUGAGCAUGAAAAGCAGAGGCUUCAUAGCUGACCAGGUCCUGCUCACGGCGUUAAUUCACAUGUACAGCAAGGCUGGCAACCAUAGACAGGCAGAAGAAACCUUCCAAGAAUUGACUCUUCUCGGGCACCCAUUGGACAGAAGAUCGUACGGGUCAAUGAUCAUGGCUUACAUCAGAGCUGGAAAACUUGAUGAAGCAGAGGGAUUAGUCUCUGCAAUGGAGGAACAAGACAUUUAUGCAGGGCCAGAAGUUUAUAAAUCACUGUUGAGAGCCUACUCCAUGGCUGGGGACAGUAAAGGAGCUCAGAGUGCUUUUGACGCGCUCCAAUUCGCCGGCAUCCUCCCUGACGCAAAGAUCUGUGGGUUAGUUGUCAAUGCCUAUCUCGUGGCGGGUCAAAUCUCCGAGGCUUGUAUUGCUUUUCAAAACAUGAGAAUGGCUGGGAUCAAACCGAACGACAAAUGUGUGGCUUUGAUUUUGGCUGGGUUUGAGAAGGAGAAUGACCUGAACAAGGCGCUUGGCUUGGUGAUUGAUUUGGAGAAGGGGGGCGUUAUGCUCGGGGAAGAAGCUUCUGCCAUAUUGGCGCGGUGGUUCGGGAGGCUCGGGGUGAUACAAGAAGUGGAUCUUGUGUUGAAGGAAUAUAUGGGUCACAGCUAGAGGCUUAUAUGUCUUCUUCUUUUACUUCUGCUUGAUAAAAUGGGUCUGAGCUAGAGUGGAAGUUUUUUAAAAGAUCUUUUAGUCUAUUGUGAUUAACUAGAACAACACUUUGAUGUAAUAGGGAGUAUUUUUGUCUUUAAUGUAAUAUCCCAAAGUUGCAAACCAAUUAGCUCAAAAUUGACUACCGUUUUUUAUUGGCUCAAAAAUACCUUUUUUUAUGGAGAUUGGAGAGUUCUUCAUCGCCCUUCAAAUUGUUAAAUCAAUUACGUAAAUAAAAUUUAUAUUGAAUA